UUCAAAGUCAUUGGUACCAACUGAAGUUUCUUGCGGUCAAGGAGACGUAAAAGCUUCAAGGGUUGACGCGUGGAAAACCGUUAACACGAAAUUGAAUCCUCGUAAAUUGAAUUGUUACUACAAACAUGUUACCGAUAUUCAGCGACAUGAAAGACAGAAAACAAAAUUUGUAGUGAAUGCAGUGUCCGAAUUUUCGGAUGAAGCGUGCAAUAAUCCUGAAGUUUUUCGUCCUCAAAUGAAUGGAAAAUCACUUGGAGCUACAUUGGAUGUUAUUUGCAAGUAUUCAAGAACUUACACGCUCAAAGGAACGGUAUUGUCCAUCAUUUCAAUUUCUUUGCUUGCCGUACAGAAUCUUUCAGAUUUUACUCCAUCGUUUUUCCUUGGAGUUAUGCAGGCGAUUGUUGGUGGCUGUUUGGCCAAUUUGUAUGUUGUGGGUAUAAACCAACUCUCAGAUGUCGAGAUCGACAAGGUUAACAAGCCAUAUUUGCCUUUGGCAUCCGGAGAACUUCCUGUUAGAACCGGCAUUCUACUCACCUCGUUGUAUGCUUUCUUGGGUUUUGGUCUUGGAUGGAGUGUUAAAUCGUGGCCUUUAAAGUUGGGUCUCUUCUUAUGGUAUGCUUUUGGUACGGCGUAUUCAGCUCAUAUACCAUUACUACGAUGGAAGAGGGUUCCUGUACUUGCCGCAACGUGCCUUUGGUCAGUUCAAGGAGCGAUCAUUCCUAUCUUGUUCCACCUUCAUGCUCAGAUUAGCAAACAUUCAAAAGUUAACAAUGAUGAAGGGUUACAGACGUGCAUAGAGGGAAGAUCUCUAUUGCUUUCCAAGCAUGCCAUUUUUGUUUCUGGAUUUAUGAGCAUCUAUGGAAUUGUUAUCGCUCUAUUUAAGGACGUUCCUGAUGUUGAGGGAGAUAAGAUUAAUGGGAUUAACUCCUUUGCUUUGCAAUUCGGGCAAAAGAAGGUGUUUUGGAUUAGUAUAUGGCUUCUGGAAAUGGCAUUCGGUAUGGCUAUAAUAAUCGGGUUAUCAUCAGCACGUAUUUGGAUCCGAUCAAUAAUGGUAAUUGGUCAUAGCAUUCUUGGUUUUAUACUUUGGAGAAAUGCAAACUUGGUUGAUCUCAAAAGCAAUGAGGCUAUUGAAUCAUUCUACUUGUUUAUUUGGAAGGCGAUUAUCGGUGGCUGUUUGGCUAAUUUGUAUGUUGCGGGUAUAAACCAACUCUCAGAUAUCGAGAUCGACAAGGUUAACAAACCAUAUUUGCCUUUGGCAUCAGGAGAACUUCCCGUUAGAACCGCCAUUUUACUCACCUCGGCAUAUGCUUUCUUGGACAUUCCUGAUGUCGAGGGAGAUAAGAGUCAUGGGGUUAACUCCUUUGCUUUGCAAUUCGGGCAAAAACAAAUGUUUUGGAUUUGCGUAUGGCUUUUCGAAAUGGCAUACGGCAUGGCUAUAGUAAUAGGGUUAUCAUCUCCGCGUCUUUGGAUCCGGUCAUUAAUGGUAAUCAGUCAUGGCAUUCUCGGUUUUAUACUUUGGAGAAAUGCAAAUUUGGUUGAUCUGGAAAACAAUGAAGCCAUUGAAUGUUUCUAUCAUUUUUUGUGGAAGGUUGCUGGCUUAGCAGAGGAGUAA